AUGUGGUCCUCCGAGUGCGAAUUCCAGUUUAAGUAUGAUAAACUGGUCCGAAUGAAGACAGAGGAAGAUACUGCUAGCAACGAGGCUUAUUUAUACUCUUCUAAGUGUGAAGUUUCACCACUCAACGCUGCGCUAAACAUAAGACGGCUUCUGGUUGGUAGCCCUGGUUCUUCUGGAUGCAAUCACUUGUCCUCGGCGCCAGCAGCCAAUCAAAACGCGGAAACCUCAGCCUAUGACCCAACCACUGCUAACACAAGCAAAGUUCACUUUCUAGAGCUAGAACAAGUACCCAAAUCAUCGUCAAAUGAUAUUCUACUGCUAAAUCAAGUUGGAAACAUGAACAACUCCAUGACAUUGACUAAUCCAUCCGAUGGAGAAUUUGCUCAGCCCCAGAUUCGACGAGAAAGUAAAGGGUUAACGGGAUGUUCACUGAGGGAAUUUCUUCUUCUCAUCCUCUGUGGCAUUCUUAUUGCCCUACUUUUGAUCGUAAUUUUCCUCUAUUUUGCAUCACUUAGGUCUGAGGUGUGUCAAACGACGGAAUGCGUGGAAACGUCAUACAAAAUUCUCUCCGCAAUGAACCAAUCUGUGGAUCCUUGCGAAGACUUCUACAACUACGCUUGUGGUGGUUGGAUUGAAAGAAAUCAUAUUCCACCUGGAUUCAAUCAGUGGACAGUGUUUUCGGAAUUAGGCCAAACUGCUGAAUACUUCGCCAAGGAACUGCUGGAAAAGGAUAUUCAGCCAGAUGAUAGCAGGGGCUUGCAAUUGGCAAAAACCUAUUAUUCCUCCUGCCUCAACGAGCAUGCAGUUGAUGCUCUUGGAUUAACACCAUUAAAGGAGAAAAUGACUGAACUCUACGGCGGUUGGCGGCUCCUACCUAAAGGAAUAUUAGGCGGUCGAAAUGAUUCUACAGACCCUUUCGUGGUUGGUAAAUUUGAUCUCACUGAGCAGCUCAUAAGUACUCUUAAAUGCGGUCAAUCCAACGACAUCUUCUCCUUUAUCAUUGAAAAAGAUCCUCGCAGUUCCAGUCACUAUGCUAUCACGAUCGUUAAACUUUUUCGUGAUUUCAUGCGAACUUAUUCCAAAAUGCUUGGCGUUAAAGAGUCUGAUCUUCCAGCGUUGGAUGCAGUUUUCGAAUUGGAAACCCUGAUGGCUCAGAAUAUGGAGCCAAGAGCACGUCAGAGCGUGGAAACAAAUGUAUUCAAUAUGAAUUUAACAGAGUUACAAGCCUUUUGCAGUGUGAUUGACUGGAAGCGACUCUUCAACGGCCUCUUCAACGAUGUAAACUACAGCGUCACGGACAAUGAAGUGAUCAUAAUUACUGAUCGCCAAUUCCUUGAAAAACGCUGCGAAAUUUACGCUCAGUAUAUGUCAUCUCCAGAGAAAAUUAGAGUAGUUCACGAUACUGCAAUCUGGAAACUCCUCUGGAAUACCGAACAAUUUAUGUCUUCCGCCGUUCGAAAAGCCCACGAAAUGUAUGACCAGGCCAUGUCAGGAGCAAAAGAGCAGCAUCAGAGGUGGCUACAAUGUUUGCGAACAGUGGAAGAUUUCUUUGGAAUGACUAUAGCACGAAAAUUUGUGGCAGAACAUUUUGAUGAAAAGAGUAAGGAAGUGGCAACAAGGAUGAUUCGAAAGAUAAAGAUGGCAUUCAAGAAUUCCUUCUACCAAGUGGAAUGGAUGGACGAUAUGGCUAAGAAGAGUGCUGAAGUCAAGGUCGAUAUGAUGGGAGAAUCUAUCGGCUACCCAGAGGAUAUCAAUAAUAUUGAAAAAGAAAACAAGCCGUUCUUUGCGGUGGAUUAUCUCAGCAACGACACUUUCUUCGAAAAUACCUAUAAGUUGUACCGAUCAAGAACGUUGAUUGCCCUUCGUAAACUUUUCGAUUCCAGUGUUAUUACGUAA